CGGACGAUCGCUUUUCCUUCAUUGUGCGUUGGCGUUCACUCGGUUGCACAAUCGUCCAAUUUUUCGAGUAUGUUUCUCGAGACGAAGCGUAUCACCAGUGCGAGCAAAUGUAACGAGGCUCACGAGGGUUAAAAAUUUCGACCUGUCAUUCGGUCGUCCGUCGCAGUGACUCCAUCGAGUACGUUUUUGCCAAGUUGAUAUCCCGUAAUCCUGCCUGAGAAGAGCGGCUAGGCCUCAAAGUAUCAUAUACACACACACGUAUUUUGCGUUCGGCCAUACAAGAGCUCCAGAACUAACGGGAAUCUGGAGACAUAAAUUUAAGAAGAAUCGAGGACGUAACUGAAGCAAGCACGGUCAUAAUGUUGAAUGCGAUUCCCACAGAGGUGUCGAGAUUUGAAUUUACGAAAGUAUUGCUGUUUAACAUAAGGAAGUGUCGAUAAAGAUAUUAUACAGAUAAGAGCAGAAGGGGAAAAAAUAUGACAAUUACGUAAAGGUAUCAACAAAAGUGUCAACAUGUCAAGUCGCAAGCUCGCCGGAGGGCGAGUCGUGCGUGCAUUACGAUGCCUGUAACGUCCAGUUCAGCUUCAGUAAUCGUGAUGAUCCGUGUUGAUGUCACGCGUGACACAUGUUGUAAUACAAAACGUCGAAGUUUGUAUUCAGUUCUGCCGUUGUAACGCGCCUGAUAGAGAUCUCGGAUACAGAUGAUCAUGGCGCAGGAAAGCGAAGAGUAUCCGCUUCACAGAUGUAUAUUUCAAGGAGAUGUAAAAACGCUGAAGAUCUUGAUUGGCAAACAUGAUAUUGCUGAAAAGGAUAAACAAGGAAACACACCUUUGCAUUUAGCUGUGAUGUUAGGAAGAAAAGCAUGUAUUCAAUUAUUACUUGCACACGGGGCACCUGUAAAGGUCAAGAAUCUAGCUGGUUGGAGUACAUUGGCUGAAGCAAUUAGUUACGGAGAUAGAAUAAUCAUAUCAUCUUUAGUACGUAAAUUAAAGCAACAAGCGAGAGAGCAAAUAGAAGAAAGAAGACCGAAUUUAAUUACUGCGUUGCAUCAAAUGGGUGAUUUUUAUAUGGAAUUAAAAUGGGAUUUUCAAAGUUGGGUACCGCUAGUCUCGAGAAUGUUGCCGUCAGAUGUAUGCAAGAUUCACAAAAGUGGAGCUUCAAUUAGAAUGGAUACGACUCUUGUAGAUUUUAAUGAUAUGAGGUGGGAGAGGGGUGACAUAUCUUUCAUCUUUAAUGGUGACCAAAAGCCUAGCCAUUCGUUGACUGUCCUCGACAAUAAAGCCAAACUUUUUCAAAGAGUGAAAUAUGAGGAAACAGAGCUUGAAAUAGAGGAUGAAGUUGAUGUUCUCAUGUCUAGUGAUAUUAUGGCAGCACAAAUGUCCACCAAAAGUAUCACGUUUUCUAGAACACAGACAGGGUGGAUUUUUAAAGAGGACAAAAGGGAAAUGGUAGGCGCUUUCCACGCUGAUUUUUAUCAAAUCAAUGGUAUGGUAUUAGAAAGUAGAAAACGUCGUGAGCAUUUAAGUGAGGAAGAUCUUCAAAAAAAUAAAGCCAUUAUAGAAUCCCUUACUAAAGGCAGCUCUCAAGGAUUUAAAAACGGCGAGCCUCCUAUGAGACGAGCAUCAUUGAAUCCGCCACCAAAAUCAAAUAUAACAUGGGAUGAAUACGUUAUUGCGCCAUCUGGUCAGUGUCCACUUCUAGGAAGAAAUCUUGUUUAUAAGAAAAGUAGCAAAUCUUUCAAAGCUACUGUGGCAAUGAGUCCAGAUUUUCCCCUUACUGUCGAUAUGCUACUCAAUGUAUUGGAAGUGAUCGCGCCGUUAAAGCAUUUAAGCAAGCUACGCGAAUUCGUACUUAUGAAGUUGCCCCCUGGAUUUCCAGUUAAGAUCGACAUACCGAUUCUGCCUACAGUCACUGCUAAAAUAACUUUUCAAGAGUUUGCCUUCCGAAAUGAUAUAGAUCCAGAAUUAUUUCAAGUACCAUCAGAUUACUUCGAAGAUCCAAUGAGAUUUCCAGACUUAUGACGCUUCGACAUCCUAAUAUUAAUCAAGAUCCAGCCUAGUCGGGGUCUGUUUUCUUCUAUGCUAGGAGACAAUCUGGCUUUCGUGAUUUCAGGCAAUCUGGGAAACAUCUAUGCGAGCCAUUACGUUGUUCAUUGAAUAACUUAUCAUCUUUUGAUUACACCUAACAGCGAAUCAUGUCUAAUAUUUACGAGAUGUUCGAUAAGGAAGUAAAACUAUAGAAGACAAAUAUGCACUAAAUUCAG